GUUCGACACCAUCUUCCUUUUAUCAACGCAUGUACGCCACACGAGAAGAAAAGUUAUAAUCCCAACUUCAAAGAUAGAAUUUAUUACGUAUCGCAUUACAAAAUGCUACAGUUUUUCAAUAGACUAGGACAAUUUGGUGCAGGCUUGGCUGUAGUUGGAGCUGCUGUUAACUCAGCUCUUUAUAAUGUGGAUGGAGGUCAUAGAGCUGUUAUCUUCGACAGAUUUGCGGGUAUAAAGAGUCACGUUGUAGGAGAAGGAACACAUUUCUAUGUUCCUUGGGUACAGAAACCUAUCAUAUUUGAUAUUCGAUCUAGGCCAAGAAACGUACCUGUCGUUACUGGAAGCAAAGAUCUGCAAAAUGUAAACAUCACGCUUCGUAUCCUCUUUAGGCCAGUACCAGAUACUUUGCCAAAGAUCUAUACUAUUCUUGGUAUAGAUUACGAUGACAGAGUACUACCAUCUAUUACUACCGAAGUAUUGAAAGCAGUAGUUGCUCAGUUUGAUGCAGGAGAAUUGAUCACACAAAGAGAGAUUGUGUCUCAGAAAGUUAGCGAAGAUUUAACGGACAGAGCUUCACAGUUUGGAUUAAUUUUAGAUGAUAUUUCUAUUACGCAUUUAACCUUUGGAAAAGAAUUCACGCAAGCCGUAGAGUUGAAGCAGGUAGCGCAGCAAGACGCAGAGAAGGCACGGUUCUUAGUAGAAAAAGCAGAACAGCAGAAAAGGGCAGCUGUAAUUACUGCGGAAGGUGACGCACAGGCUGCUAGUUUAAUUGCAAAGUCUCUUGGCGAAGCUGGUGACGGUUUAGUUGAACUAAGAAGAAUCGAAGCUGCAGAAGAUAUAGCUCAUAAUUUAUCUAAAUCUCGCCAAGUUGCCUAUUUGCCACCGGGUCAAAACGUUUUACUAAACUUACCGCAAUAAAGAGAUAGACUGGAAACAAAUUGUAUACUUAAGUUGUGCAUUUAUAUCAUAACAAAUGCAUUUUUAUGCUAUAAUGGUGUAUGAGAUGUAGAUGCUAUUCGAAGCAUCCUGAAAGUGUUUGCCAGGAAUAUACAGGAUGGAGCAUUUGAAAGAGGUCACCCAGAUAACUCGUUUUAAAUGCCUUACUCUAAACAGUUCAUAGCAUUUAUAUUUCAGUUCAAGAUUUACAUUUUUUGGCUGUUCCGAAUGACAGCCCGCGGCCGAUCGAUAUGAAAGUUGGGGUUGGAGGGGAGGAGGAAUAGAUUCCAAAUAUAAAAUUUUAGCUUCGGGAAUUUAAUAGCUUCUGAGAUACUAGGUUAGUUUUGGCUAUUUUUUAUUUCGUCACUAUACGUAUCUAGAUUAGGUUCCGAUCAACAAAAUAAAAACACAAUUUCCAACAUUACUUUGUUAAUAUUUUGGGAACUAUUUAAUUCUCGAAGCUAAAGUUUUAUCUUUGGGACUUAUUUCCCCCUCUCCCAAUCUUCUUCAAAUUUCAUGUCGAUCGGCCGUGGGUGUCAUUCGGAAGAAUAUCUCAUUUUGUAUACGUUCCUGUACUUUUUACUGUACGCAAACAAUUUUGAACAAUUUAUUCUACACUUUCAGGAUCGUAGUUUUACGUCAUUUUCAUUUAGAUAGUACUUGAUUGAUCGAUUUAAAAUGCGAGAUUCAAUAACACAAAGUUUAAUGUGUGUGAUCUGCUAUAUAAAAGUGAUGGUUGUUGAUACUAUUUUUGGCCCCUUACCUCGAUGUGAGCAUUCAUACGAAGUAGCGGGCAAUAACAGAUUUAUUUAUUCCAGUAUAAAGUAAAAGUAACUCCAUUUUAAGAAGAUUUCUAUGUGUUUUGUUACGGUUUACGUUACAUCAUGUAUGAAUUUUAACGUUGACGCGCUAUUAAAUCUGUAAACAUCUCAGAUACUAUAUAUAGCAGAAAUAAGAAAAAAGUAAUGUCUCGUAUGCAACCAUGGAUUGUAAAAACAUUUUGUAAUGCAAAAUCAAUAAUGCAACGCAUAUUUUUAACAUGCAGAUUCAUUUUGAAUUGUUACAUUAAGCACGGUGAUACGUACGUGUUUUCAACGUAGUAACUAUGUAUACAAGCAGACAUUGUAUCUGUGAAUAAUGUUAGCAAUCAUUGCUGUAAAGACUUCCCAAUUUAAAUAUUAUUUUUUAG